CCCGCCCGGUUGGGAAACGUCAACGGCUCAACGGUCCGCGCGGUCGCGGGAGUCGUUCUAACCUCAAAAGCGCCGCCGUCGCGCCAACGCCUCUCGCGUAUGCCAGUGUGAGGAAGCGUUGAGCCUCCCUGGCUGGCCUCACUUUCAGGCCGCCGACGACAAAGCAUGACCGUCUGGGAGCGGCUACGUAACCCGUGCGGCUGGCGCGCGGGCGCCAAACAGAUCUCCGUGGACGCGAUGCUGCCGCUGUUGGUGGUGCCGAUCCUGGCAGUGAUCGCCGCCCAAGCCUUUCUCUGCACGGUCGUCGUAUUCCUAGUCACGCCGGUCCUGGUCUACUACCUGCACCAUAACUUCCUCAGGUUUCUACUGCGCACCAAGUUCUUCCUUAUGUGGACUAUCACGAGCGUAUUGAUGAUGAUGCUGGUGUUCGAGAUGAGCGUCGUGCCGCUGCUGGAGAUUCUGCCCGAGGAGAAUCUCGUAUUCAUAAUGUGCGUGGUCGGCGGCAUGUUGUGCGGCUACAAGACCAAACUGAACGCAGACGCAGCGGCACAGGAAGGCGCCGUCGGUACCCAGAGCUUGGAACUGGGCGAGGGCAGUGGUGAGCUCUGUGUUACAUGUAGGAGAAGGGCGCCACCCAGGGCCCAUCACUGCCGCUUGUGCCAGACUUGUAUUCUCAACAGGGAAUAUCAUUGCAAAUGGCUGGAUUGUUGCAUAGGUUCCAGCAAUUUGAGGUGGUACUUAGGUUGUUUAUUCUCUUCCACAUUUGCUUUUAUGUAUGGUUCCAAUUUGACUAUGACGAGCGUCUGUCAUCCUUUCAUACUCAUCGGAACUGUACUCCUACCAGAUGACUGCAGCGAUGUGUAUCAUCAAUUAGACAUAGCGCUUUGCUUCGUCUCCGCUCUGUACAGCCUCCUCGUGGGUCUAGUGCUUCUUUGUUAUCUCAUGUAUCACCUAUGGUUGCUUUCCAUCGGCACUACGUCGAACGAGCGACGAUUGAAUAUCAAAAAUCAGUACAGCCAUGGAAUGUUGAAGAAUGUAUCCCGGCUGUUCUGCUGCAAAACUUAGGGAUAUUUAUUUGUAAACUAGGGCACUAAAUUUCACUUCACACACAGUGUAUGUAUUACACUCUGUACAAAGAAUAUAAUGAAAUCAAAUUGGACAAAUUA